UCCAUAUACUCUUUUAAGUAUGCUGCCUCCAAACCAUCAAGUCUACACGGUGCUGGACCUGAAAGAUGCCUUCUUUUCACUUCCAUUGGCGGCGAGCCAUCAGAACCUUUGCACGAUUGUUGUGAGAUACUGGAAUCCUUGACAAGCCUGCGGCCUGACCUUACAGACCAGCCUUGGCCGGACUCUGAGGAAGAGUUAUUUACGGAUGGAAGCAGCUAUGUGGAUGAAGGAAUAAGGUAUGCAGGGGCGGCAGUAGUUACUAAGGACCGGGUUAUAUGGGCACAAGCCCUCAACCCAGGGACGUCAGCUCAAAAGGCCGAACUUGUUGCCUUAACUCAAGCCCUCAGGUGGGGAAAAGACAAAGUUGUUAAUAUUUAUACGGACAGCAGGUAUGCUUUUGCUACUGCACAUGUUCAUGGGGCACUCUACCAAGAACGGGGCCUUUUAACUUCAAGUGGAAAAGAAAUAAAGAAUAAAUCUGAGAUUUUAGCUCUUUUAGAGGCUAUAUGGCUGCCGAAGAAAGUGGCCAUUAUUCAUUGUCGGGGGCAUCAGAAUGAGAGUACCCCUACAGCGAAGGGAAACAUGUUUGCUGAUGUCACUGCUAAGGAAGCUGCCCGAAAACCAGUGGGGCCUCUCCAUAUUUUGCCUGUUCUGCCUGAGCGACUCUUGCCGCCCUCGCCGGUUUAUUCAGAGGGAGAAUUGGAAUUGGGAAGGACUCUAGGAGCAACCACCGAUCCGGGAGGUUGGAAAAUCCUUCCAAGUGGCAGAACCUUAGUCCCACAGCACCUGGGUCGCCGGUUAAUUGAACAAAUACAUCAAAGCACGCACCUAGGAAGCACGAAGGUGGCAGAACUGCUUCAACGAGACUAUUAUAUACCUAAUUUGCAUCAGAUGACCCAACAGAUUACGGCCGGAUGCCUGACAUGUGCGCAAGUUAAUCCAGGUAAAAGAUUGAACCCCCUCCCCGGAGUCCGGUUGCGAGGACGAGCCCCUGGGGAGCAAUGGGAAACUGAUUUCACGGAAAUCAAGCCAGGCAAGUAUGGAUACCGCUACCUGUUGGUAUUCGUGGACACUUUCUCAGGAUGGGUAGAAGCAUUUCCCACGAAAUCAGAAACAGCACAGGUAGUAGUAAAGAAGUUAGUAAUGGAAAUUGUACCUAGAUUCGGCCUUCCUUUAGCCCUGGGGUCCGACAAUGGCCCGGCAUUCAUUGCCAAAACUACUCAAUUAUUAGCUCAGGUAUUACAAAUUAAAUGGAAGUUACAUUGUAUUUAUAGACCGCAAAGUUCAGGUCAGGUAGAAAGGAUGAAUAGAACAUUGAAGGAAAUAUUAUGUAAGUUAAGAGCGGAGACGGGCGAAGACUGGGUGAGCCUCCUUCCUUUUGCACUAUUAAGAACCAGGUGUACUCCAUAUGUCAGAGGUAUAACACCAUAUGAGAUAAUGUUUGGCCGUCCACCUCCACUGGUUCCUAAAGUGGGAGAAGAGAAACUAGCUGAAUUAAGUGACCACGCUCUUCUUAAAUCCCUGCAAGCCUUACAGCUGAGCACCCGGAAGAUCCACAACUUAGUCAGGGCUGCACACUCUAGUCUUGCUAAUUCUCCUUCUGAUAAAGUUUCUCUCCAGGUACAGCCCGGUGACCUUGUUUGGAUAAAGAAACUCCAGCCCGCUACUUUAGAACCAAGGUGGACUGGACCUUUACCGGUGAUUCUCACCACCCCUACGGCUGUAAAGGUGGCAGGAAAACGCCACUGGAUUCACCAUACCCAAAUCAAGAAAGCGACUCCAGUCCAAGAAGAACGAUGGACGGCUCGGCCCACCGAAGAUCCACUAAAGAUAAGACUUUUAAGACAUUCCUCUGGAACAUCUUGAUGGGGGUGGUGGCGACGAGCCCCCACCAGCCUUUAAAUUACACUUGGGUGCUCACGCGCACAGUCGAUGGGACAGUGAUAACUCAGAAUGUUACAGUCUUUUCUCCCUUGCUAUAUUUUGAUUUAUGUCAACUUUUAGGUAACACUGAGCCUGUGAUGGGGUUAUUACCUGAAGGGAGGUUCGGAGCCUACGGAUGUGGCAAUAUUAACAUAGAAAAAAACAUGCAACGUAUUAGAUAUUAUGGUUGCCCCACCACAGGCCCCUCGCAUUGUCAUGCAGAUGGACAAUACUGUAUAGAGUGGGGCUGUGAGACUAUAGCUAGUUGGAUAAACAGUGACUCUGAUAUUAUAUUAACAAAAAAGGCUCCUAGGUGUGUCUCUUCAAAUACCUGUAACCCCGUAACUAUAAGUAUUAAACGGGGCCAGGAUCAGACUUGGGCCACAGGGAAGACCUGGGAAUUUCACCUGUACGGAGGAGGGGGAAAGAAGGGGCCAGAAGUUUCAUUCACUAUUCAGAGAUUUACCCCCGUUCGUCAAUUUAAUCCUAUAGGCCCAAACCGUGAGAUUUAUUUAGGACCUGAAUUACCGACACAAGCCAUCCUAGAGCCUACAACACCAGAAAAGAGCUUGAUGUCAGAGCCACGCCGAAAGCCUGUGUUAAAUUUGUUAAAUUCAGUGUAUAAGUUUGUUAACCAAACAAAGCCUAAUAUAACUCGAGAUUGUUGGCUCUGCCUUAAUCCAGAACCUCCUUAUUAUGUAGGGAUUGGAGCCAUCCGACCCCUAGGUCAAAAUGAAAAUAAUAUAAGAAACUUGACUGCUGAAGAAAUAUAUAAGCAACAUUUAUGCAAAUGGGGUCAAAAGCCCAAGCUGACUUUAGAAGACCUACAGGGACAAGGGACUUGUAUUUACCCUGUGGGGUUCCCCAUAUCCCAAUCUCCCUAUAUGGCGUCAUGUAACAUUACCAUUCAACUAAAUAAUUUGACAGAUCCCGAACCUAAAACACUCUUGGUGGCCCCAAAUGGCACGUGGUUUGCAUGUACUACAGGUAUCACCCCUUGUGUCAGACCCGCGGUAAUUAUGCAAAAGCAGGAUUUGUGUGUUCUAUCUCAUAUCGUGCCUCAAGUCUACUUUUAUUCAGGAGAAGGCGGACGAGAACAUCUUCAAGCUUCUAUCCCUUGGCGGCUAAAACGAGCCAUUCCAGUUUUGGUACCGUUAUUAAUUGGACUAGGCAUUGCAGGCUCGGCUGCUGUAAGUACUGCGGCCUUAAUAACUGAAAAUCAAAAUUUUAAAAUUCUGAGUCACCAGGUAGAUUUAGAUUUAAGUGACUUGGAAAAAUCCAUUAGUUAUUUAGAACAAUCAGUUGAUUCACUGGCCGAAGUAGUCUUGCAAAACAGAAGAGGGUUAGAUUUAUUAUUCCUGAAACAGGGUGGAUUAUGUGUAGCCCUAGGAGAAACUUGCUGCUUUUACGCCAACCAUUCUGGAAUUAUUCAGAAUAGUCUUUCCCAGGUAAGAAAUAGAAUUCGGGAAAGAGAAGAACAAAUUAAUGCUGGACAUAACUGGUAUCAAAACUUGUUCACCUGGUCCCCAUGGCUCACUACCUUGUUGUCAGCCAUAGCCGGGCCAUUACUGUUACUUUUAUUAAUAAUACUGAUCGGUCCAUGCAUACUUAAAUGUUUAACAAAUUAUGUUCAAAGGCACAUACAAGGGGUAAAACUGAUGGUGUUGCGUACUCACUACCACCAUAUUUGCGAUGAUGACCUAUGAUAACUAUCAAGGAUUUGAUAUUUCCAAGAAAACCAGUGGGGAAUGUGAUGGUCUUAGAAAAAAAAUCUUUCCUCAAAAUUGACUACAUAGGGUUAAAUUGUUAAAGAAUGUUAGGAGAUUCUAACUGAUGCUAUCUGCUUCUGUACUAAGCUUGCUGUUCUAGUUGAUGAAGGAGAAAGGUAAAUAGUCCUCGGGGGUUUAACAUAGGUAUGCUUGAUUAAAUAGAAUAGAUGAUCUGUACGUUAAUGAUUAUAAUCUGCUUAUGUCGCUAAGAAGUCUGUAAAAUCACUAGGCCCCUGGUUAGUGAAACCUUGAACUAUUAAUGAUUGUCCUGUCUUUGUUCUCUUUGUUUUACUCGUACAUGUGUGCAGGCACGUAGCCCUUCUCCGGAGGGGCAUAAAAGUCCUGUACAAUUGCAGAUCGGGGCCACUCUCUCCGAGCAGAGGUGGUCGCCGGCCGGCUAAUAAAGACUCCAAUUAGACUUUUGA